AUGAUUAAAAAUGUUAUUAAUGGAUCUGGACAAAGUACAAGUACGUUGAUUGGUUAUGUACCUGAUCUUAUUGAUAUUUUACAAAGCCGAUUGAAAUUUAUUCCAAAUAUUGAAUUAGUACCAAUAAAUCAAACAUAUGCUUCAUUAGCGCAAGCAAUAGAAGAUGGUACUUAUGAUCUAGUCAUAGGCGAUGUGGCAGUGACUGCGACAAGAAGACAAAAAACCAUUUUUCGUGUUAUCGCAGGGCCUAGACGUGUUGGUUUAUAUAUGCUAAGUAUAGUAUUGAUUGCAUCAUAUACUACAAACUUAGCAUCUGAUUUAACAAUAUUAAAAGUGGGAAAGAUACCAUCCAAUCGUAUCGGUAUUAUCAUAGGUUCUGCUAUCGAACACUACUAUUUAAGAGAAGUCUCUGGUGGUAGCAGAAAGCUUUAUCCAUUAAAAUUUCGAGAAAAAUUAUAUGAUAGUUUAUUAAAUUAUAGAAUUGAUGCGGGUUUUCAUGAUGCCGGUGGUGCAGAAUAUGUAACGAAUAAUAUAGAUUGUAGUUUAACAUUGGUUGGUGAAAGUUUUGAAAAAGGAUCACUUGCCAUGGUUACACCUAAACAAUGGUUCUAUGGACAAGGUUUAGAUGUUAAUAUUUUAUCAUUAAAAUAA